CGUUACAGUUAGUAAGCAAGAGGGCGGAUGUACGCAGCGGGGCCGAUUGUUUCUAAUUGACCUGGCGGGGUCGGAGCGGGCGGGUCUUCGCGCGCGAAGGUUAGAGGGCGCUCAUAUCAACCGCUCGCUCCUAGCGCUUGGCAACUGCAUUAUGGCACUUUCAGGUGGAGCAAGAUACGUGAACUACCGCGACUCAAAGCUGACGCGUCUGCUGCGCGAGGUGCUGGGCGGGCGCUGCCGCACGGCGAUGGUGGCGCACGUGGCGCCCGGCGCGGCGCACCGUGACACCACGCGCUCCACGCUGCACUACGCGCAACGGGCCUCUGUCAUUACUAAUAGGAUUGAACGGGACGUAGUAGAGACACCCAUGCAGCUGUCACAAUAUCGGUCGGUUAUCAAUGAUUUGCGAGAAGAAAUCGCAAGACUGAAACUGAAGAUGAAAGAUUCGAGGUCACGAGAAGAUCUUCGAGCAGUUGAAGAUGAAAUGGACGAGAAGCAACCCGAGAACGCAGAACAUCUGAAAACGCUCCGAGAAGCUAUAGUGUCGACCUUCAAGCAGCAGAUGAGGUUACGACGUCGCUUGAUGGAGCUAGACAGCCAUCUCCUAGGACUCGCACUCGAUGCUGAGAGACAACACGCUGCCAUCUCACACUGGGAAGCGCGCUUCAACCGCCUCUAUAAACCAAUCAAUUUGAGCGGGUCCAGACUUAGCACGCAACAGAGUUACAGGGGCGGUACUGGCAGCACGGGUAGCUCGCUCAGCGGAGGGGAACGCGCGGAGGCAGAGGUAGCGGUAGAGCAAGCGUGGGCCGAGCUGGCGGCCGUGGAGCGCGAGCAGGAGACGGCGCGGCGCGAGCGCGAGCGUGUCGAGCGGCAUCUGCACCAGGUGCGCCUGCGCGGCGCGCAGCUCGAACAGGAGUUACCAGCUCACAUAAGUAGCGGUCCGGAGCGGGAGGUGUUGGCGCUGGUUUGCCGCGUGCACGAGCUGGAGGCGGACAAGCUGGCGCUGCAGGGUGAGCGAGCGGCGCGUGCGCACGAGCUGCGCCGCCGCGACCUUGCGCUACAGCGCCGCGACGCGCAGCGGCGACUCUCCGACGAGAUCAUCACGCGACAGCGCAGGGCGCUCGACGAAUUGGGCGUUGGCAUGCCGUCGGAGCUGGCGCAGUUGUAUGAACUCUACCAACAAGAGAUCCACGCGUCCACAUAUACAGAAAACAAUGACAUCUACACGCCGCCCUACCGGCUACCGCCUAUUUCAUCCAGUAUGUCUGAACUGACAUGGUCGGAAAGUUCGAGCGGUUCGGGUCGCGGGUCUAGCUCCGGCUCGGGCGGGACUUUGACGCUGGACCAUCAUCUACCGCGACUCGCGCCUCUACCGCGCCCGCGCACCAGGUAUAGCCAAGCCAGUGCUACACUGAAGAGAUAUGCGAGCGAUGACAGUUUGGUGAUGGCGGCACCGCGUCGAGGCGGAGACGCCACUACUUGAACGCAAA